UGACCAGUGGACGCCAUUCUUCGUUCUCUUCGUGUUUGCGAACAAGCGAUAUUUUUAGAUGUCGCGCUGCCUUUUUAGCCUCGGUUGAGUCGUGUAUGGUUUUGUGGAGCAGUUUGUUACUUCCUGCGGCGUAUUUGGCUGACGCCGCGCUCGCUGCCUCCUGUGUGCAAUGGCAGGAAGUCAUUCAAGACCGUUGAGGACAAGAUCGACUUUGUCGCAGGAAGAGGCCCUGGAACUCCUUUUUUCGCUGCCUGAUGUCAGCGAUUCCGACCAGGAUGCCGAUUCCGACGACGACCCAGAUUGGACGGACGGGAAGAACAACAACGCUUCUGUGUCCGCGGUCUCACUUGUGGACAACUGUGAUUCAUCUUCUUCAGAUGAAGAUAGACCACCUGCAAAACGUGGCCCGCGUCAGGUGCAUCAUUCAACGUCGAAGAAACGACAAGUGCCGAACCGCUCCGAUGACGAAAGCGAUUGCGACGAGCCUGUGUCGGGUUGGGUUCAAUCAGUCACAUCCCAGGUAUGGAACCAUGCAUUUGCGGAUGUAGCGAGACCAACGGAAGAUUACGACCCUGAAACGGAGGUCAUUGACUUUUUCUCAAGAUAUUUUUCGGAUGCUGUGUUCGAGCAUAUGGUCGAACAGACGAACCUUUACGCUUCACAAACAAAGGUUACGGACUGGACGGCAACUACAGAAGAAGAGCUGAGGGCAUUCCUUGGAGUGUUGAUCAAGAUGGCCCUUAUUCCACGAACCAGUUAUCGUCUUUAUUGGUCAUCUGACCCAGAACUGGGUGUACCAUCUGUGAGCGCCGUGAUGACACUGAGAAGAUUUCAGAAGUUACUCCAAGCGUUUCACCUGAACGACAACACAAAGAACUUGCCACGAACUGACCCAAAUCAUGACAAGCUCUACAGGAUUCGUCCGCUUAUCGAUGAGCUGGGUGCUGCGUUCCUACGAGAGCUGUCUCCUUCCUCGUUUCAAUCUGUUGACGAAUGUAUGGUGCUUUUCAAAGGACGCUCGAGUCUCAAGCAGUACAUGCCUAUGAAGCCGACGAAAAGAGGCUACAAAGUGUGGGCCCGUGCUGACGCCUCAUGUGGUUACCUGUGCCAGUUCGAGGUGUACUGUGGGAAGGCACAACCUGCGAGUGAUGCUGUGACAGACGGCCUGGGCCCUCGAGUGGUGAAGGACUUGUCAGCGACACUCAAGCACCAAAAUAAGCUCGUAGUUUUUGACAACUUUUUCACGACGGCGAAGCUCAUGGAUGACCUGUAUGAAGAUGGAAUCAUUGCAUGCGGGACGGUACGCACUAACCGCAAAGGGUUACCUGCAGAACUGAAGGCCAAGAAUAAACUGGAAAAAAGGGAACACAUCUGGUUUGUGAAAGGAAACUGCGCAGCGAUUCAGUGGCGUGACACAAAGCAUGUGAACAUGCUAACCACCUCGAAGGACCCACGUCAAACAACCUCCGUCAACAGAACUCAGAAGGAUGGCACAAAAGCGACAAUAUCCUGUCCCGAGGCGGUUGUUGAGUACACGAAGUACAUGAGGGGCGUCGACAUGUUCGACCAGCUGCGGGAGCAGUACUCUGUGAGCAGAAGGGCAAUGAAGUGGUGGCACCGCCUUUUCUACUUUUUGCUCGAUAGCGCACUGGUAGAUGCAUACAUAUUGCACAAGCUUUCAAGGAAAGAGGUUGGCGUUGAGCCCUACACCCAUUUUCAGUUCCUGCUGAAGCUUUCGAGGGAGCUAGUGGGUUCAUUCACGAGCAGGAAGAAGAAGGGGCCCGCUUCAACUGCCUAUCUUCACAAGCGGAGGAGGACCAGCUUGAACACACUUGGAGUGCCAGACGAAGUGAGGUUCACUGAUGUCGGCAGGCACAUGCCUGAAGCGCUCAAUACAUUUCGCAGAUGCCGCUUCUGUUCAACUAAGGCACAUGACAAGCGAUCGAAGAUUGGGUGCACGACGUGCAAAGUUCCCUUGUGUGCAGCGCCUUGCUUUGCGUUGUUCCAUGCCAAGUGAACUCAUUUUUCUGUGAUGUCAUCAAAUAAAGUGUUUCAUUGUCCAA